GCCUCCACUCUAGUCCAUGAGAUAGUCUAAGUUGAUGUGAUGUACGAUCAUAUAUGAGUAUCAGCGCCAUUGCACACCAUUGCAUGUUACGGUUUAUUAUUACCUGAACGUGUUUGCAACUAAAAUGCGAAUAAUUUAUAAUUGUGUAAGAACACGAUUUUUAACAAAUUUUAAUCAAAAAAUCAGUAGCACUUUUAAGUUAUUCUUGUAAUAAAUAACAUUCUCAUAAUAGCGUAAGUUAAAAAAUGUUUGAGGACAAACUGAAUGGAUUGUCACCUGCCCGUUGUCAUUUCUGAUAAUCGGCAUGGGACGUGCCAACUCACCUACUAUCAGCUAGAUACGAAUUCUCUUGCAACAGUAUGUGUUUAUCCAGUGAUUGUUUAUAAUUUAUAAUGAGAUAAAUUUUGAUGGUAAGCCUGUAAAAAAGGAAUACAAUACGAUGGCGAACGCAGCUAUCGGAGCUAACCCGGAAAAUAAUUCCAAAUUUCUGGAAACAUUGCAAUCUGAUUUUAAGUCCCUUGCUUCUGAAACGAAGAAGAAAUAUCCACAAAUCAAAGAAUCAUGCGAGGAAGGAAUUGCAAAAAUAAGAUCAGCUGCAAAUGCUUCAGGUGCUCCUAUUUAUUAUAUUGUUAAUCAAAUUUUAUAUCCUUUGGUUCAAGGCUGUGAAAGUAAAGAUGUAAAAAUUAUUAAGGUUUGUUUAAGUAUAAUGCAGAAAUUAAUCACUCAACAAGUUGUUGAUCAAAAAGGUGCUCGUUAUAUUACGGACACACUUUGGAUGUUGAUGGAAACAGGAACAGAAGAAGUUAAAGUUUUACAAACUGUCACUUUGUUACUUACAAGCAAUACUAUUGUUCAUGGUGAAACUCUUGCAAGGAAUCUGGUUCUUUGCUUUCGUUUACACUUUACAAAAGAUUCUACAACAAUUAAUACAGCAGGAGCCACAGUGAGGCAAUUAGUGUCCUUAGUGUUCGAGCGUGUUGUUGCAGAAGAUGAACAGAGUCCUGAUAACGAAGAUUUUGAUGAGAUAAAUUUAGAGGAAUUAAAAAUUCCGAAUAAUCAGGCACCCAAAGGUUUAGGUCCAUGUGCUGCUGAUGCAUAUUUAAUGUUUCAAGACUUAGUGCAAUUAGUAAAUGCAGAUCAACCAUACUGGUUAAUUGGUAUUACCGAAAUGACACGUACAUUUGGGUUAGAAUUGUUAGAAUCUGUUCUAACAAAUUUUUCAUCAGUAUUUUUUAAGCAUCCAGAAUUUAGCUUUUUGCUAAAAGAAAGAGUUUGUGCCCUUGUAAUUAAACUCUUUUCACCUAAUAUAAAAUAUCGUAAUUCCGUUCCGGCAUCAUUACAACAAGCAACACCUCUGGAUAAACCUUACUUUCCUAUUAGCAUGAGACUUCUCCGAGUUGUUUCUAUUUUAAUACAAAAGUAUCAUUCUCUUUUGGUGACAGAAUGUGAAAUAUUUUUAUCUUUAAUUGUUAAAUUUUUGGAUCCCGAUAAACCGACUUGGCAAAGAGCUUUAGCAUUGGAAGUUUUACACAAGAUGACAGUUCAAGCGGAUCUUCUCACAAAUUUCUGUGAAUGCUACGAUUUAAAACCUCAUGCAACUAAUAUUUUUCAAGACAUUGUCAAUAGUUUGGGUGCCUAUGUACAUAGUCUUUUCGUUAAUCCGCAAAUGAUGAAUCAAACCAAUAUGGCAACAGGUACAACGACGUCACAGAAUACUUCUCCGUUAUUCACGGGAAUGCCAAUAGGCCCUGGUGUCUCACCUCAGCCUGGUUUUUAUUCGCGUGGAAUAUGGCUGCCAGUAGUUGCGACAUUUACAAGUGGUCAAGCUAAAUCUACCUAUUUGGAUAUGCUUGAUAAAGUUGAACCACCACAAAUACCAGUUGGUUAUGGAAUCAGUAUAGCCUACGCAUGUUUAUUAGAUAUUAUACGUUCCAUUUCCUUUGCCAUUAAUGGCUACGGUGAAGUUGUAACUGGAAAUCAGUCUUACAAACCAAGCGAAUCUGAACGAAAGCUUCACACCCAGCUCGUCAAUUCUAGCUGGUGUGGAUUGUUAGCAGCGUUGAGUCCUCUUAUAGAUGCGAGUACCGAUGAAUCUGCGACGGAAAACGUAUUAAAAGCAAUUCAAACUUUUGCAUCUCUGUGUGGACAACUAGAGCUACAGACUCCACGUGACGCGUUUAUUACGGCAAUCUGUAAAGCUUCGUUACCUCCUCACUACGCACUGACCGUAUUGUACAAUGCUCCCCAAGGUAUACCAAGCGCAAGACAACAAGAUUCCGCACAAUACAAUUUGACUAUUGGAGAACCGGAUUAUCGACAGCAGGUGGUAGCUGUUGGCACUCCAUUGCCUACUGCAUCUUUACCACUUGGUGCACAUCAAGGACCUGUCAUGUUAACAGCAAAGAAUUUGCAGUGUAUGCGAGCGUUACUUUCGCUUGCUCAUUGCCAUGGAAGUAUACUCGGUGGAGCAUGGCAUUUAGUACUUACGACAUUGCAGCAUCUUGUCUGGAUACUCGGUUUAAAACCUUCUACAGGAGGAUCCUUGAAAGCUGGUAGAACUGCUGCUGAUCCGAACGCAGUAUUAACAAAUGCUGUUAUGGCAGACCUACCUGUACUUAGCGCUAUGCUCAGCAGACUAUUCGAAAGUAGCCAACAUUUAGAUGAUGUAGCUUUACAUCAUCUAAUAGAUGCGCUUUGCAAAUUAAGCCAUGAAGCCAUGGAGUUAGCGUAUUCUAACAGGGAACCAUCACUGUUUGCUGUGGCAAAACUAUUAGAAACUGGUUUGGUAAAUUUACCCAGAGUAGAAGUUUUAUGGAGGCCACUAACAAAUCAUUUGCUAGAAGUUUGUCAACAUCCACACAUUCGUAUGAGAGAAUGGGGAGUGGAAGCUAUUACAUACCUUGUUAAAAUGGCACUCCAGCAUAAGUAUCCUCAACCUUUACGGGAUAACCAAAAAUUGCAGACAUUACUGCUAGGACCAUUAUCGGAAUUAUCAUCAGUACGCCAUGGUGAUGUAAGACAACGUCAAUUGGAGUGUGUUUUACAAGUGUUACAUGGUGCUGGAGAGACAUUGUAUCAUGGCUGGCCCUUAGUACUUGGUAUCAUUGGAGCAGUAUCAGAUCACCAUGGAGAAGCUUUAGUUAGAAUAGCUUUUCAGUGCUUACAAUUGGUAGUAACUGAUUUUCUACCAGUGAUGCCUUGGCGGUGCCUACCACUUUGCGUUGAUACAGCUGCCAAGUUUGGUUCGCAAACGCAGGAAUUGAAUAUUUCGCUUACUGCUGUUGGGUUAAUGUGGAAUAUAAGCGAUUAUUUUUAUCAAAAUCAAGAAAAACUUUGCGUGUCGUUAAAAGGAGAUUCGUCAUCCGUAUUUCCGGACUUUCCUGGUACAACGAAUAUGCCAGCGUUUGAUAAACUUUGGAUGUGCCUAUACGCGAGAUUAGGAGACUUAUGCGUCGAUUCUCGACCCGCAGUGCGUAAAUCAGCCAGUCAGACUUUGUUUUCUACGAUAUCUGCUCAUGGUAGUCUGCUACAUCAACCAACAUGGCAGGCUGUGCUUUGGCAGGUCCUCUUUCCAUUAUUAGAUAAAGUAAGAAGUUUGUCUAAUUCAGCAAGUAGUGAGAAGGUUGACACUAGCGGAAAUAUUCUUAUUCAUCACAGCAGAAACACAGCGCAGAAGCAAUGGGCCGAAACACAGGUUUUGACAUUGAGUGGAGUUGGAAGAGUGUUUAACACGAAACGACAACUUUUACAAAUGUUGGGAGAUUUUCCUAGAGCUUGGUCUCUUUUAUUAGAAUUCAUCGAAAAUUCAGCGCUUAGUAAAAAUAACGAGGUAUCAUUGGCAGCUUUAAAAUCAUUUCAAGAAAUACUUUAUCUUCAAAAAGGAAGCGAUAAUAACGAAGUGAUUCAGUCAAAUGACUCCGAAGCAUUGUGGAUUGUUGCAUGGCGUGUAUGGCUUAAUAUCGGAAUGGAAAGUACGUCGCCACCUCAAGAAAGCGAAAGAGAACCUUACAUACCUUCGCAAGCAUUUUUAACGGCGCUGGUUCACAUAUUUCCAGCUGUUUUCCAACACAUCAGAAACAAAUUUACCGGAUCAGAUUUACAAAAACUUUGUAUUGUGCUAAAAAAUGCAGUCGCAGUUCCGGUGCACGGUGAAUCAACACCAUAUAUUUUACCUACAAUGCCAGAUGUCGUUCUUACUCAUUUACAGGAUGGUGUACUUCAUUCCAUGGAGCUUCUGCAAAAGGAAGCAUUAAACGGGCCUGACAAUUUGCGAACAAUGAUUGUUUUAAUAUUUCUUCAGCUGUUAAGCUUUUCAAAGUUGGCUUGCGAAGCACCUACGUAUGGUAAAAUACCAACCAAACACAUUUCUCAAGUUAGAGGUGUAUCUGCUGAUUGGGUGAUCAUGAAUUAUGUUCCUUUCGGAGAAAAAGCCUUAUCGAUGGUCGUAACGUUGUAUCAAAAGACAGCACACGAAAUGGCAGUAAUAGAUGGACAAGUUUUAAAGCACAUUAUAGAAGCGUUACACGUGCCUUUGUCGAUGAAGUAUACUUGUCCAUCAUCGACAACUUGGAAAUUAGCUGUUACUAGCCUACUCGCUGUGCUACACACCGGGUUGCCUCUAGCUAGAAAAUAUCCAGAACAGUUUCAAAGUAUGUGGCCGGAACUAGCGAAUACCCUAGAUGAUUUUUUAUUUCCAAAAAGCGUACUGAACGUGGAACGAGGUGUUGAGGAAAUUCAAGCUGACGAAGCCGUGGAUUGUCAAGUGAUGGAGCUUUUACGCGACGAAGUCUUACCACAUUCUCAACACAUACCUCAUCAAUUUAUCUUACGAGUAGUAAUGCUUUUAAACAAGGGUUCCAUACAUUCAGCGACAACAACAAAUAUUGAAAAUGGCAAUGAAACCAAAUUAAGAGAAGAAUUCGCGAAGACAUGUUUUGAAACAUUGCUACAAUUUUCUCUUUUGGACGGAUUAAAUAACGAAUCGGAGCACGAUACAUCCAAGAAUCCUGAAAAUGACGAAGGUGGCGUAGCUGGACGAUUGGCAGUCACCGCUCUUCUUCAUAGGUUCCAAGAAGUAUUACGACGAUACAUAGAGAAUGAAAGGCGAAGCGGAAAGUGUCCAUUACCUAGAUUAUCUGAAAUCUCAUUUGUUUUGAAAGCUGUUGCAACACUUGUAGUGUCGUUGAAAAAAGCACCUCCAAAUAAAGUUGAAAAGUCAGUGUGGGAACAACUGAUCGGAUUAUAUCCUUGUUUAGUGGAGUGCACAAUUGCUACAGCAUCGGGACAAGUUUCAAGAUCGUUACGGGAAGCCUUGUUGCAAUACCACGAUCUAUUAAGGCCACCGAUUCACAGUUCCACAACAUCAAACGGUGUUUGACCAAUGCAUACUUUACUUCUAACUCGAAAUAGUAACGUUUGCUACACUGCUAAAUAGUAAACAUUUCGUAACUACGGUUACAUGUAUAAUAAAUUACGUUACAAAAUUUUUACUCCCACUUACACGUACAAAGCGAAUCAUCCAAGGUGAAGUACUGCUGGAAAUCUAUUAUUUACACAUGUAUCGAAAAGUUUUGCGCUCGGCAUUAUAAGUUCUUCGUUAUCAUGUAACAAAGGUAAACAAAUUUAAUUCUCAUCUUUUUUGAAGUGUAAAGAUUUUUAUUUUGUAAAUUGCAAUAGAUUUAUAAUAGAGUGAUA